AUGACUAAUGAAAACUUAAAGUGGUGUUCUGUUGGUGGCUUUGUUGGGGGAUCUUUGGAAUGCAUGCCCCCCGAUCCUGUGUGGAUCAAGCUUGUUACGAAGAAAGUUAUUUUAGGUUUAUGUGAGAAGCUUAAUAUUGCUGAAGAAUGGAGCAAAAACUAUGUUGCUUCAAGAAAUGGGCAUGCAGUAGCCGGUGGUUCUGCGAGAUCCAGUUAUCGUAAGGUUCCAAAAUAUACCCAUGACCAACUCUUAGAUAAGUUCUAUGAGUAUGAAGAAGCUGAGAAAGACUAUGAGCUAAGAACUGGCAAGACCAGAAAGUCUUUGUCGAAGAAAGAAUUCUUUGAACUUGCUAUUGAUGAGGGAUGCCUGGAUGAUGGUUCAGAUGCAGUGGUCGAACCAACAUAUGGGGAAAAUGAAGUGUUCAGCUCUGUUCCUCAACAUGUAAUACAUGAUUGCAGUUGGUAUAAAGUGGUGAUGAGUAAAAGGAAGAUCAGAACUCAAGUUCUUCAAAUUUAUGUUGAUGUCAUCAAGGAAAUAUUUAUGGAGCCACAUACAUCUAUAGAACUAUUUGAUACGGAUAAGGGAGUUCCAUAUCCAUGCGUGUUCAAGAGUCGUGACAAAAAGAUUGAGGAGUUCUUGUCCAAAGGUUGGUAUAAGUUUCUGAAAGAUAGAGAUUUGUGUGAAGGUGAUGUAGUUCAUUUCAAAGUAUGA